GGAAAAAAAAUUGUUCCAUGAAAUAAGGGUACGCUGCAGCCAGGCAGCGCAAAUUAGGAACCCUCUAUUUGAAGAAAACAAAAUCCUGUCUAGCGGCGGCGAACGACAGUGUGCGAGAACAUCUCAACCUCAUUCAUUCUCCAUUUCCGAAACUAUCGCCGCCGAAAUGACGGUCGGAGGUGUGACAUUCUCGUCGGAUAAUCUUGUUAAGAAGUCGCCCAAUGACAGGCGUUUAUACAGAUACCUUCGACUUCAUAAUGGUCUUUGUGCUUUGCUUGUUCAUGAUCCUGAGAUUUAUUCUACUCCUGAUGUUGAUGAUAAUGGUGAUGGUUCUGAGGAGGAUGACGAUGAUGACGACGAGGAGGAUGAUGAUGAUGAAGAUUACGACGACGAUGAGGAAGAUGAUGAAGAAGAUGAUGAAGAAGAAGAUGAGGAUGAUGAUGAAAGUAGGAAGGAAAAGGGGAAGAAAGCUGCUUCUCAAACUAAAAAGGCUGCAGCAGCAGUUUGUGUUGGGAUGGGGAGCUUCUCUGAUCCCUAUGAAGCACAGGGUCUUGCUCAUUUUUUAGAGCACAUGCUGUUCAUGGGUAGUGCUGAGUUUCCGGAUGAAAAUGAGUAUGAUAGUUACUUGUCCAAGCACGGGGGUUCAUCAAAUGCAUACACAGAGGCAGAGCAUACUUGCUAUCAUUUUGAUGUCAAGCGAGAGUUUCUCAAAGAUGCCUUGAGAAGAUUUUCUCAGUUCUACAUCUCACCUUUAGUGAAAAAUGAAGCCAUGGAGCGAGAGGUACUGGCAGUUGAUUCAGAGUUUAACCAAGCUUUGCAAAGUGAUACUUGUCGUCUUCAACAACUCCAGUGCCAUACUUCUGUGCCGGGUCAUCCUUUUAACAGGUUCUUCUGGGGGAACAAGAAGAGUUUGUAUGAUGCCAUGGAAAAAGGGAUUGAUUUGCGACAAAGGAUUAUGAAGAUGUAUGAAGAUAACUACUGUGGUGAAAUUAUGAAAUUAGUCAUCAUUGGUGGAGAGUCGCUUGAUGUACUGCAGAGUUGGGUCCUUGAAUUGUUUAGUAACGUGAAGAAAGGCCCUUCCUCUGGACUGGAGAUUAAUCAUGAAGGCCCUAUCUGGAAUGCUGGCAAGCUAUACAGACUGGAGGCUGUUAAAGAUGUUCACAUCCUUGAGUUAUCAUGGAAACUGCCAUGUCUUCGCAAAGACUAUCUGAAGAAAUCUGAAGAUUACUUGGCUCAUCUAAUAGGACAUGAGGGUAGUGGAAGCUUGCAUUUCUUUUUGAAGAGUAAAGGAUGGAUAACAUCCAUAUCAGCUGGUGUAGGAGAUGAUGGAAUGCAACGAUCUUCUCUAGCCUAUAUAUUUGGCAUGUCUAUAUACCUUACUGACUCUGGAUUGGAUAAGAUCUAUGAGAUUAUUGGAUUUGUAUAUCAAUACCUCAAACUACUGCGCCAAGCUCCUCCUGAAGAUUGGAUAUUUAAGGAACUCCAGGAUAUUGGAAAUAUGGAAUUUAUAUUUGCUGAGGAACAGCCUCAAGAUGAUUAUGCUGCUGAACUUGCAGCAAACUUGCUUGUAUAUCCACCGGAGCAUGUUAUCUAUGGUGAAUAUGCAUUUGAAGAUUGGGAUGCUGAAAAGAUAAAAUUCAUUCUUAAUUUCUUCGUCCCAGACAAUAUGAGGGUUGACAUAUUAUCCAAGUCCUUUGGCAAAUCUGGAGAUGUCUUGUGUGAGCCAUGGUUUGGAGCAAGAUACACUGAAGAAGAUAUUGCUUCAUCUAUGAUGGAUUUGUGGAGGGACCCUCCAGCAAUAGAUGGAUCUUUGCAUCUGCCUGGAAAGAAUGAUUUCAUUCCAGUUGACUUCCCUGUGCAUGCUGAUAGUGUGUCUGAAGAUUUUGUUGGUGGAUCUUAUCCAAGAUGUAUACUUGAUGAAGUAUCAAUGAAACUCUGGUUCAAGCUUGAUAAGACCUUUAAACUUCCACGAGCAAAUACAUAUUUCCGUAUCAAUUUGAAGGGUGCUUAUGCAAGUGUGCGAAGCUGUCUCUUGACCGAAUUGUUUGUUCUUCUUCUGAAAGAUGAGCUGAAUGAAAUUAUUUAUCAGGCUAGCAUAGCCAAAUUAGAAACUUCAAUAUCUGUUUAUGGCGAUCAACUUGAGCUAAAGGUUUACGGUUUCAGUGAAAAAGUUCCGCUUUUACUUUCAAAGAUAUUGGCUGUAGCAAAAUCUUUUUCACCGAAAGAGGAUCGAUUUAAGGUCAUUAAAGAGAACAUGGCGAGGAAUUUCAGGAACACAAAUAUGAAGCCUUUAAACCAUGCAUCAUAUCUGAGAUUGCAAAUCCUAUGCAAAACUUUUUGGGAGGUGGACGAGAAGCUACAGUGCUUAGCUGAUUUGUCCCUUGCUGAGUUGCAGGCUUUCAUUCCAGAGCUUCUUUCUCAGUUAUAUUUUGAGGGUCUCUGUCAUGGUAAUUUACUAGAAGAAGAAGCCAUCAAUGUGUCAAAGAUAAUUCAUAGCUACUUUUCGGUACCCGCAAUUCCUGUGGAGAUGAGGCAUAAAGAACAAGUUUUGUGUCUUCCUUCUGCAGCAAACCUUGCUAGAGAUGUCCGUGUAAAAAAUAAGCUGGAAGUAAACUCUGUGAUUGAGCUUUAUUACCAAAUUGAGCCAGAAAAGGCUGUGGAUUCACUUAAGCAGAAAGGCUUCUCUGAUUUGUUUGAUGAGAUUGUGCAAGAGCCAUUUUUUAAUCAGCUAAGGACAAAGGAGCAGCUUGGUUAUGUUGUUGAAUGCAGCCCACGGACUACAUACCGUGUCUUUGGUUUUUGCUUCUGCAUUCAAUCUUCCGAGUAUAACCCCUUAUAUUUGCAAGGAAGGAUUGAUAACUUCAUCAAUGGCGUGAAGGACAUGCUGGAAGGACUUGAUGAUGGAUCCUUUGAGAGCUACAAAAGCGGGUUAAUUGCAAAAUUACUUGAGAAAGAUUCAUCGUUGUCAUGUGAGACUAGCCGGUUAUGGAAUCAAAUUGUAGAUAAGAGGUAUAUGUUCGAUUUUUCAGAAAAGGUGGCAGAAAUCGUGAGGAAUAUUAAUAAAAGUGACUUAAUUGACUGGUUUAGUAAAUAUUUCCGGAAGGAAUCCCCCAAGUGCCGGAGGCUUGCUAUCCGAGUUUGGGGUUGCGACACAGACUUAAAAGAGGCUGAAGCACAGGGCAGGUCUGUGGAAGUCAUUGACGACUUUGCUGCAUUCAAAACAUCUUCCAAGUUCUAUGCAAGUAUUUGUUGAAUAAACUGGCAUCAAACAUGAUGAAGCAUUUGUCGACUGGGAGUCUCAUAUUAGCUUUCAGUCAGGUGCUGAAGAUGAGGUUGAGGUCUUGUGUAUGGUAGUGAAUAUGCACAGGAAUGUGAGGGUAAAAUUGGGCUCAGAAGCAGGGGCCUUGCCAAUGCGCUCCAUCUUUCCUUUCACUGCUUUGCAUAGCUAUGCAGAGGGUCCUGACCAUCCAGAGAGAAUGGUUCUUGUACUGUGAACUAUACAGGAUUUCAGAGCUUCCUGUACUAUUUGCUUGAAACUUCGGACAGGCUACCUCAUAUAUUACUUAAGAAGCAGAGUUAGGACUUUGUUUUUGAUGGGAGUAAUAUAAAAUUUUGAGGUGUUAAUGGAGGUGUACAACGCAUUUGUUAAAUAUGCUAUUUUAUCAUUGGUUAAUCUGAAAAAUUUAAACCAUAAAACUUCAA